AUGACAUCACCGAUAUAUUUAAAUAUGGGCAAGUCACCAAUCACUUCUAAACAUCGAGUUGAUAAACCAGUUCUUACAACAACGACAACAGAUAUUCCUACGAAAGAAUCAAAGGAAACGCUUUGUGAAGAUGAGGGAUGUUGUAGAACUAUAAUUAUAAAGAGCAAAAAAGUUUUUGAGAUUUUUACAUAUUUCCGACUAGCUGUCGCUAUAGCCCUUUAUAUUUUGAUUACCAUUGAUUUGAUUUCGAUAAAACAAAAGAAGGUUGUCAAUGCCGAAUUUACACUUCUGACAAUUAUAGCGCAUCCAAAAAGAAUUAUUAAUUUACCGAGAGCAAUAAAAAUUUGUAUUGCUAGUCGAUACCUAAAUUAUCGACUUAGUGACCUAUUUCCACCGAACAUCAAAGAAACUCAAAAGAAUGUUUAUAGGAGUUAUGAUUGGUAUUUAUAUGAGGCGACGAAAGCUGAUUUAAUAUGUUCGCCUGGAAAACUUUUGGUUGUCCUUUUAUUUUGGAAUGUAGGAAGUUUGGUACAAUACGGUAUUUGUGUAAUCUUGUGGCUUUUUCCGCAACAAGAACGACCUGUGGAAAUUUAUGCUACCUUAAAUGCGGUAGCAUUAAUAUGUGAAGUUUUUCCUAUUCCUCUCGUGGUAAAACAAUAUAAAAAGGCCAUAAAGUCUAGACGAUCUCCUAGUAAUAGAAGAUUUAUUUCCAGGUACGGUAGAAUUGAAAUCCUUAGCGAAUUUGACGCGUUGCCUCGAAAGCGAAAACUGGAUGAUAUGGGAUCACGAAUAGACACUCUUGAAAAAUCUUUAGGCGAAUUAAUGCAACAAACUGUUUCUGACGAAAUUAUAAUUGAAGAAGCAAAGACGUGA